CGCUGUUUGGCUUUUUGCGCAGUGACGUACAAGCGGAAGUGGCGAGCUUUGUUCCGGACACAUGGUGCAGGGUGGGCGUGCCCAGGACGCUGAUGUAAACACAAAAUACGCCUCAUCCCCCGUCGGAGAAGUGACAGUGGAGCGAAUUGGCGAGAUUAACCCAAAUAGCUUCGGUUGGUUGGGGAAAAGUGUAAUAUGCGUUAAGGCGCAGGCAGGCGACGCCAUGGACUUCUACAUCAAUCUGAAGGUGAAUUUCAGGGGAAAUUCCAAAAAUUUCCUCCUGUCGGGAUCCGAGACCAAGAGCUGGGAGUCGAUGGAGGCCAUGGUGAAGCGUUCGUUUGGCCUGUGCAGUCUUCAGCUGACCUAUUUCGAUGAGGAAAACGAGGAGGUGUCCAUUAACAGCCAAGUGGAGUAUGAGGAGGCAUUAAAGAGUGCAGCGAGGCAGGGGAACCGACUGCACAUGAACGUGUACGAGACUCGGGGCCAGCCGGCGAGGGUCGCCACCACCAAGGCCAGCGGAACAGAGCCCAAGAGGGGCUUCAGACCCCCACAGCACUGCCCCGCUCUGGCCCAGGUGGUCAGCCGCAAAGUCCAGGCUGCAGUGCCAGAACAGGGCAUGAUGAUCAUGAAAGAUAUGAAGGGGACCAAAGAAGAAGACAAGACUCCUCCAGCCUGGUUCACCUCCUACAUGGAGAAGUUUAAGGACCAGGUGGUUCGCGAGGCGGUGGAGAAGAUCUGCCGGGAGUUCUCUGGACAGUGCUGCAUCCACAAGCCCCUGGGAGGCGGAGCAGGAGGAGGAGGGGGAGGUAGAGGGGAAGCAGUAGGAGGAGCGGAGGCCCAGCAGGUCCCUGAGGUUUCCUCCUCCACUCUGCCUGGAGCUCCAUCCUCCUCCACUCCUCCCUGCUCCUCCUGCAGGGGGCAGACCGCCGGAGGAGGCUACCAGUGCAGUGUGUGUACCUCCUGUACUCUGUGCGAGCCCUGCAGUUUCUCUCAUGAUCCCAGUCACAACCUGGUGAGAGCCAGGACUCCUCUGUCCAUCCCGGAGCACGGAUCACCUGCCCCGGACCACAGCAGGUUCUACAGGCGAGGUGACCGCAGUUUCCGGAAGGCAGAGAAGCAGCGGCUGAAAGCAGAGAAGCGCCUGCUGAAGGCCGAGGUCAAAGAGAUCCGGAAACAGCUGAGGAUGGAGAGGCGGGGCAUACAGUGGAGCUCCUCACACAGAGAUGGAAGCUCCUCCCCCGUCCUUCUGCAGCCUCGAGCCACCCAGCACAACAGCCCUGAGCGUCCAAAGCGUCCCUGUCCCCUGGUGGUUCCAGCCAUGACGGCUGCAUUUCUGGACGAAAACCUUCCUGAUGGAACCCGACUGCGUCCUGGGACCAAGUUUAUCAAGUACUGGAAGAUGAGGAACACUGGAACAAUCAGCUGGAGCGCGGAUACUAAGCUGAAGUUCAUGUGGGGAAACCUGGCGGUGGGAUCUGGGGACCGUUGGAGAGAGGUGUCUGUUCCCUUCCUCCAGCCAGGACAGGUUGGUAUAGUGAGUGUAGCACUGUGUGCUCCCGCUGUGGAGGGCUCCUACACCUCCCACUGGCGUCUGGCCCACGCUGGAGAGCAGUUUGGACCCAGGGUCUGGUGCAGCAUUGUGGUCGAUCCUCUGGCCCCAGCGCCCAUGAUGGCUGAUGGGAUACUGGUGUCACCCUGUGUCACACCGCAGGGUAAGAACCCAGUGUCAAAGGACGGAAAAGCCAGUGCAGCAUCUAGGGAGCAACCAUUAAUGUCAGUGGACCAAGAAGAGUACUACAUCCCCUCUGUUGACCUGCUCACUGCACAGGAUCUUCUAUCUUUUGAGCUGUUGGACAUCAACAUCGUCCAAGAGUUGGAGAGUGUCCCAAACAACACCCCUGCUGACAUGACUCCGUGCAUGUCCCCUCUGCCUCAAGAUGGCCACCUGCAGGACAAGAGCAGUCCCUCUUUGGGUCUCAUCCAGGAAGAGACUGAAGUCAUCAAUAGCAUCAUGGAUGUCCCUCAUGGGCCGGCAUCUGGAGCAGAAGGGGGCGGAGUCCCGGCUCAGGAGGAAGGGGAGGAUGACAUCAGUGGGACUCAGUUUGUUUGUGAGACUGUGAUUCGCUCAAUGACCCUGGAGGAGGCCCCUGACCACGCCCCUCUGAGAGGGUCACGCCCAGAGACAGGUAAAGUGGUGCGUCCGGCUGCUCAGAGUGGCUCCUCCUCCUCCUCCUCCUCUUCCUGUGUGAAGAGUAAAACAGUGAAAACAGAGGAGAGCCCAGACAGCAGCCCCAGCAGCUCUAAAAGCCCCCUGAAACCACCAGCUACGCUGAAAGCUUCCCUCCCUCCCCCGCUGAAAUCCUCCCUGCCUGCUCUCCUGUCUGUGGUCCCGACCCCGGGACCCGGCCCCAGCUCAGCACCGACCCCGCUCCGUGCUCCGCCCAGGGCCUCCACACUGCAGGAGCACACAAUCACAGGUGAAGGUGAGGAGUCCCACAUGGAGAGAGAGAAUGAGCCAGAGGAGGAGAAGGAGAAAGAGGGAGAGGAGAAGAGAGAAGGGACGAGGAGUCGCUCCUCCUCCACCUCCUCGGAGGAUUACAUCAUCAUCCUCCCUGACUGCUUUGACACCAGUCGGCCACUGGGGGAGUCUAUGUACAGCUCUGCUUUCUCCCAGCCUGGUGACAUCCCAGCCAAGACCCCCACAGACCCAGAAACCUCAUCUUGCGACAACCUGGGCAGUUCUACCCCAGGAGGGGUGCUGGAUGUGGCAGAUGAAGCUGCGGUGGCUCCAGGGACAGGGGUGUCGGGCACCAGCAGCGCCAACGACAUGCUUUGUACGUCUCAGACGCUGGAUGAUGAACCGCUGACACCUGAAGUGGUGGCACCGCCUAAAACCAUCAUCACACCAAGUCUAGAGAGCAGUGGAGAAACAGAUGUUGACCCUGCUGCUGCCGGGGAAGGAGCAGAGGGCUCCGAACUGUACCAAACUCAGGAUGCCUCUGGUCCUGAACAAGCUCAGACAGAUGAUACUGAAGCUACUGAAGACACAGAAGAGGACAACCCUGAGGACCCCAGGAACCCAGGCAUCACCAGCGGCCUGGUGAAAGGAGCUCUGUCAGUAGCAGCUUCUGCCUACAAAGCCCUGUUCACUGGACAAGGCCCCACACAGCCUCCAGUGGAUGCGUCCACCCAGGACACCAUGAUGGCCGUGCUGGUGGAGAUGGGUUUUGGGGACCGGCUGCUGAACCAGCGGCUGCUGAACAAAUACAACUACAACCUGCUGGACGUGGUCAACGAGCUCGUUCAGAUGACCGACAAUGACUGGUACUCUACACGCUACUGAGGAGAGAGAGAGGAAGAAGUGGAGGAAGAGGGAAAAAAGGAGAAAGAAGGAGAUGAAACAUGAAAUUAUGGAUGAAGAAAGAAGAAGAGGAAAGACUGGAAGAGAGAGUCAUUUCUGCUCAUCUACCUUUUUACCUUCCUCCUUCUGCCCAUCUCUCCUCAAAUUGGUCCAGGAUGGAUUCCAGCAAACUCUCUGGGAUACUGUACUAGACCAUCAAACACCCACUGUCUGUAGUAUUACUUUGAGCUUGCCUUGAUAGUGGCAGGACAGCUGCUUUGCAUAGGAAUGUAAGAGAGAUGAAGAAAGACAUGUUCUUUAAGUCCCAAAGGAGCUAUGUGUAACAUUUCCCAUUUCCCAAACUUCUGACCAUGUAUCCCCUGGGCCCGCUGCAGCCUGCAAAGACGGCAUGGCUCCAUUUGUUUUGAGAAUCAAAGAGAAGUAUAAACAGCAAAUAUGUAUUUUAAUGUGACACAGUAUGCUAACUUGAAGUUGUGUUACCUUCAAAUACUAAACAGCUCCACUUCCAUGCUGUUAAGGAAUGUAACAGAUUUUACAGUUAAUGUAAGAUGCAGCUUAGUGGCUAGCAGCGGUAAAUACACCCACAUCAAAAUAAUCAUGGUUAGGAUUUCUUAGCGUUGAAAUGCUACGCAUAGUACCUUCGUGCUUUGCCCUUUUGCCCGGGACAGUGACGACGUACAAAGCAGCGAGAUAAUAUCAAGUAUCUACAUCUGCACUGAAAACACUAGUGGGAGAUCCACAUCACAGGUCACUUAAGUACCAAGCCAUUAACAGCAGUCUCAGACUGAAAAUCCACAUGGUGUUAUGGUGUGCUUUUGCCAGAGCGUUGAUAUACUUGCUUUUAACUACUUGUUUGUGUGAGCAUGAUGGUUGCUUUGGAGCGUCUGUUGUGUGCGUUCUCUACAUUCUGUAAUUAUCGCUACACAUUCGGCAAGAGGUAGCUAAACCCAUGAACAGAAUGUGAUGCACGGUCAGCGACAACAAAGAUGCAACUAAUACAGCUUAUUGCAGCUUUUUCUGCCACGAUCUCAACAUUCAACAAUAUAGUAAACUCGUGGAUUAUCGCCAUGUUUAGUUAUGUUCACAUUGCACUGAAUCCAGAGUUGUCACUGAAGAUGAGCCGGUGUGGGCCAAGGAUGAAUUGUACCUAAUCUGCCCUAGAGUUCUGCUACUCUGGCCCAGGUAACAAAUGGCCUGGGUCUGGGUAGCAGAACUCUUGGCCCACUUUACGUAGGGUUUGGGCCAUUUCUUACGUAAGCUGUAAAGCUUUGGGCUCAGGUGGGUUUGGUUAUUUUGAAAUGUAAUUUAUUAAGAAAUAACUCUGGCUGUGCCAGUUGUGUGCAUCCAUGUGUGUCACACGUUGCAAGUAGAUAUGUAAUGCCCAAGACACAGAGUGCGUCCAAUGCGUUGCAUUAGUCUGGUAAGGUAAUAACUUCGAUUCUUGGCUCGGGUCUGGGUCUCAAAUUCGGCAGUACCAGUUGGGUUCAGUCGGGUCUGGACUUAAAGAUGCGGGUACGAGCAGGUUCAGAUUUCAGCUUUAGGCCCUUGUAGAACUUCAAUGUGCCCCUUCAAGAUAUACUUUUUACUCAUCCAGGUUAGGCUUGGGGGACAUGAGUCAAUAUCAGUUGUCAGCAGUCAGAGAUUUUAUAGAGGGAACUUUUCUUCAGAUCUUUUUAAUGUCUCCAGUUGUAUUAAAUUACUAUCACGAUGCUGUUAUAUCGAUAUUGUGAUAUAGAAUUACAUAUACCCCUAAUCACACAAAGUACAGUACGCAGGCAAGUCUGAACAAUGCUGCUUGCGUUGGAGCCUCUGGUCUACGGAUUCAUGUUGGUAAAAAGCAAGUAUAUCACGAGCCUUAGAGCUUGGUACAAAGUAAUUGUCUGUUCUCAUUUAGUUUCAAAAAUCUUAGAGUAUGACUGCAUUAUUAUUAUUAUUGUUGUUUGUUUUUUGUUUUAUAACUUAUGUCCAUAUCACUGGAGCAUAUAGGGUUUCCACUCGCCUCUCACUGUACUGUCUGCAUUCCCUGCUGUAGAUGAGUAGAUGACUACUGAAAGCAGAAAACCAUUCCCCAAUAAGCUUUGGAUUUGGAGAUAGUGUUUGCACUGAAAAGCUUACAGGACACAGGGACCAUUCAUUCAAAAUACACUUUUUCCUAACAUUGCUUUUCCCCUCUUUCACACAUUGUUGUCUUGACUUUCAAGCAUCCUCCCUGGACCUGUUUGUUGUCUUGAACAUGUUAACUGGCUCUCACAAUAAGGAUUAUCUGCGUUCCCUGAACCUCCUGGUCAGACUAAAGGUCUCAGUAUGCUUCAGACGAACUAGUUCAAACAGCCUGUGUUUCUACCUGUUCUGAUUGGCUACACUCGAAGGCAGGGUGAAAAGCCUGCCAUCAUAGCCUCCUUCUAGCUGCAUCCCUCUGCCUCCCUGAUCCGUCUCUAAGAACUCGUGUGUCUUAAUGAAAGUCUAGAAAUGGGGAUACAUUUUGACAGCCUCCGCAUACCUGGCUAAGCGCUGCUUAAAGUGGGCAUUAUUGGCGUAUUGUCUGUUUCAGAAAGUUACAAAAAUUGUUGGACUCAUCCUUCUCUGGUUCUGCCAUUGGAAAGAGGUUAGACACAGUUAGGGCGCUUCAUCUUGUUUGGUUCGUUUUAAACGAACUCCAGUGUGUCCGCCUGCGCAGAAUAAACAACCGCACCGAACCGCCUGAACAGGAGGCAAAAUGAUUUAAUGAUGGUAGAUAUGGGAUUUCAGCAUGAAGCAACAUAUAUGUUUAUGCGCAAAUCAUUUGGUAACCGUGGUAACACAUAUGCGCUUCAGCACGUGUGCUGGGGGAUUUUCUGCGAUAUAUCAGAGAAUGAAAAGAAGUUGAACAGAGGUGUGUAAGUGAGACGUAGCAACUGUAAUAUUGUAGUAUAAGGCGCCUCUUUUCCAUCCUAUUUCUACCUGGUUGUCAUUAUUCAGAUGGGUCUAGUGCUGAUGAUGCAAGAUGACAUCACCAAAACUGUCCAAUGAAUGAGUUACCUCAGUCCAUAUGACUCCAUGUUUACAGCUCUUGGUUUGUUUGGAACAAGCCAGUGUGAACACUAAGUUACAAUGGAUGUUUUUUUUCUUGGUCCGGACCAAAUGAACCAACUACAGAUGUGAAAGCAACCUUAGAUGAUCGUUUGAAGUGUACUGAGGACUUAAGUUAAAAAUGAAGACUUUCCUAACAUUUUGUUCACUGUCUUUCUCUUGUUUUAACAUCACACGUGACUCAGAUCUUUACAAAUCAGCCUGAGACAAAGCUGUAUUUAGUUUAAUUAGAUGGGGUACACUUAAUGACUAUAAAUAGGAUUCAGAUGUUGAGUUGAAUCCCUUCAGCAGAGCUCAUAUGUUCAUGUUCAUUUUGCACUGCUUUCAUCUGUUCUGGCUGAUACUCCUAAAGGAUGUGUACUUCCUUUGGUAGAGCACAUGUACAGUACAGUAAGGUCAUUCCGAACUUAAACUGGAAAAAAACAGUGUGUAACAAUGUGAAAAUGUGUGUUUCUUUUCCUCUUCACAAAUGUAUGAAUAUAUUCAGAACCUCCUAGUUGGAAGCAAUGACUCAGUUGACUUCAUUAGUUUCAGUUUAAGAGUUAAGAUCGUUUAAGGUGUUUUUGCUUUGAAUGCUUGAAGGCUGUUUGGAAAUGUAAAACGUUAGAGCUGUGGCUGUUGUAUUUUUAGGCUUAUUGUGUGGUGGUUGAAUUCGCUCUGCUGUAUGUGUGUUAUAGUGUUGUUUGUAAAUGUUACCAGAUUGAUUGUCUUCGUUUGCCAGUGAGAGGACUUGAGGGAUUUGGGGUUGGAGAAAUAAUUUAAUAAAACAGCACUUGUUGUAGGAUUAUUAUUCAUUUUGUGCUACAUGAUACAUGCUCACUGUCUUUAUUAAUCCAAAGGCACAAACUGCAAUGAAGUUAAAAGGAAUAGUUUGACAUUUUGGGAAAUACGCUUAUUCACUUUCUUUCCGAGAGUUAGAUGAGAAGAUUGAUACCACUUUCAUGUCUGUACGCUAAAUAUGAAGCUACCACAGCCAUUAGCUUAGUUUAGCAUAAAGACAGCUAGCCUGGCUCUGUCCAAAGGGAACCAAAUCCACCUACCAGGACCCUAAAGCUCAGUAGUAAGCAGCGGUUACUGCACAUAACCCCUGUAAAACAACAGGACGUUUUUACACCUCGGUUUUUGUGUGGGUCAAACAAACUAGUCGCUGGUUUUUGUUACCUUCAGAUAGAGCCAGGCUAGCUGUUGCCCCAUUUUCAGUCCUUGUGCUAAGCUAUGCUGAGAUAACUGGCUGUAGCUUUAUAUUUACUGCACACACACGAGAGUGGUAUCAAUCUUCUCGUCUAACUCAGCAAGAAAGUGAAUAGGCGUAUUUCCCAUAAUGUCGAGAUAUUCCUGUAAGGUUUAGACAUCAGACGUUAGCUUUGACGCUGGGCGAUUUCCAUCUUUGCAACUCAGCCAAAAACCCAAAUAUUUCAACUCCUGACAAACUCGACCCAGGCGGAAUGCCGAGCAUCGGUGGUGAAGAUUUGAAUGGGACAUUUUUCACUUAGCAGUGUUCAUUUUACAAAACCAAGUUCUCCGAAAGUAGACACAAGGUUAAGACUAAAGAGUCCCACUGCCAUCGACAGUACAGCAGUCCAGUUUUAUACAAAGAGACCACUGCUGAGUUCAUUCAGCCAGUCUUACCUCCAGUGUAAUAUGAUGUUGAGGGACUGUGAAUUGCCAGCAAAAUGAUGACAAAUGGUGUAAAAACAAUUUCAACACCUAACCCAAAUGUAAACAUGUUUUGGUAUUAUUUAAAGUAUUUAAAAAGGAAAUGGGAAAUUUGACAAUGAAAGGCAUACAACACAAUAUAUGUUUGUCCUUUUUUGUUUAGUUUUUUCAUUGGGGAUUUUCUGCUGCCACAUAUACACAGUUCCUGGGGUCAACUCUGUUACCUGCCAUAGAUUACCUAAGCUUCACGUCAUGUAUUCCUGGCUUUUUUGUACAUUUUGCAUCACAUUCACUCAGCUGAAUCUCGCUACGGCCCCUUUAACAGACAUCGGGUGUUCUGGGUCCCCCGUAGAUAAUUAUUGAAGCCCUGCGGCACAUCGAAUCCAAACUCCUGCGUGGUGAAUUGUAACCUGAUGAAGGCGAGUUCCACGUACUGUACUGUGUCAUUUUGCUUUAAAGAAACGUGUAUGUGUUCCACGAGGGGCGGUCAGGUGAAAUGUUUGCAUAUUGCGGUAUAAAUACAAGUGAAGUAUUUAAGUAGGAAGAGAAAAGCUGGAUUGUUUGAGCUUUUUUUCUGUGUUGCACUUUAUGUACAUGGUUAUGAUGUACAAAUCAAUCUGUCUCCAAUUAAAGUCAUUACACUCAUGA